GCAGUUCCGAUAGCAAUAAUGAAAACUCUGAUGAUCUUGCUGACUCCUCAGAUAAUGAUAAUCCUGAUGAUCCUGAUGAAGAAUACGAACCUAUUGCCGGGCCUAGUAACUUCCCGAAUAAAGCGUAUCAUACGCGGUCUUGCACAAAAAGAGUUCCUAGUUUAUUCACAAAUCUUAACAUUGAUGAUACUGAAAUUAUAGAGACUUUUGCAAAUACCGAAAUCUUUCUACAAUGUUUAUUAGAACCAGAAGAACCAGAAAAUCAGGAGGAGGAAA